GAACUCAACAACAGUUAGGGCAAAAAUAUAUUUUAUUUAAUAUUUAAUUUAUUUAUAUAAAUAUGUCGUUUAAAUUGGUGGAGGACAAAGUAGCAAGCAAGUAGUAUAAAAAGUCAUAAGUUUGACUUGGGAGACUAACUCAGAAGAAAAGCAAAUUGGCGUCGGGCAUGAGGCAUUUGGCGUCUCAACGAGGAAGAAGCUACCAAAAACCACCAUCUUUGAUCUUCUCCAAUUCACUCUUCGAAUCUUCGUUACCCCUUCGAUUUCUCAUCCAUUCUCUUCGUCUAUGUAAUCACCCUCGCCACUUUCUAGAUCUAUCUGUUUAUUUAUUUAUAUAUUUGUGUAUAUUAAGUAGAAUUAGGGGACGCCUAUGAUCCGUGAGGAGAUGAAUCGCCGGUUUUUUCUGCUUUUGUUGUGUGAGUUAUUUUUGUUCGGGGCGUUGUACGACUCCGCGCUCGGUUCUCCGAACUCCCCAUGGGGAGUGAAUCGGUACGGCGCUGCUUUCCAAGCUGCGGGACGCCGGGUUUUGAUGUCCGAUGCUACCAAAGUGCCUGAUACUGCAUUAGUGGCUGCUUUGGAUGGUACUAUUUAUCUAUUGGAUGUUGGUGCCCUGAAACCACUUUGGUCAUUUUCGUCAGGCCCCAAAAUUUACUCAUCAUAUCAGAGUCCCCUUAGUGAUAAGGACAAUGCAUCUGGAAUAGAAAGUAAUUACUUUAUUGAUUGUGGAGAUGAUUGGGAACUAUACGCUCAUAACAGCCUUGGCAAACUGAAACUUAUGAAGAGUCUUGAAGAGUAUAUAAGUUCUACACCUCAAAUAGCAGAGGAUGGAGGAAUUGUACUCGGUACCAAAAAGAGCUCUGCUUUUUUAGUUGAUGCAAAGACUGGAAAAGUUAUCCAUGUAUACAGAAUGUCUGAUUCUCCAUCAACCACUGAGAGCAGUUUAAAUGAAUUUCCAUAUAAUGCCUCUGUCAAUAAACAGUAUGACUCUGAGUCCAAUAUAAAGACCGAUGAGCUACCACUUUACAUUACAAGGACAGAUUACACAUUGACGUCGUUUCUUCCAAAUUCAGACAAAGUCCUAUGGAACGUGACAGUUGCUGAAAUUGGUGCUGCAUUCCUAUGUCAAGAUGUUGAGAAGUCACUUACGGAUACUCUUCCUGACGAGUCUUCGGAGCCUGAUCUUCCUUAUAAGAUGCCACUGCCGUGCCAGUCAAGGGCACUCGUCUUUCGCUUCCGUAAUCAGAAUAUGUUUGAAGCCUUGUCCUUGGCCCAUGGGCCGUCAAAGCAUCAUGAUAUGAUGCUUCCAUCAUCCACAGCUGAUGUUCUUCCGUCACAGCCAAAUGUUGAAAAAGUUCUAGAGCUUCUUCCUGUGCAGAACAAUGGGGGUAAAUUUUUUGAGGCACAUGACAGCAAGGACCUUGAGGGUAUUCAACCUUCACAUGCACUCAAUAAGAAUUGUGGCAUAAGUAAUACUCAUGACGCGGAAGUCCUUUCAGAUUAUGGAUCUGUAACACCUCAACGGAAAUUAAGCACAUCCCGAGUUGUUCUUGUUUUUAUCUCUCUUCUAGUCUAUUUUGUCUACCAUUACAGUGUGGUCUCUAGAACAAAAGCAUUAGCUGUGCAGGCCACUGGUACGAGUUAUAUGAAUGUACAUUCAAAGAGGAAAAAAUCUCGAAAAGCAGUAAAAAGCGGAAGUAAUGAUGGAAAACAAGACAAAGAAAACAAUGAGGUUCAACACACCCAUAUGGGGAGUGAUAAUAACUUUUGGAUGAACCUCAACCGACCAAUUUCUUGCAAUGGAGAUGGAAUUGAACGCAUGAUUGGUAAAUUAGUUAUUUCAAACAAAGAGAUUGCAAAAGGUAGUAAUGGUACCAUUGUUCUUGAGGGGAUUUAUGAAGGCAGGCCAGUAGCCGUGAAGCGCCUUGUGAGAGCUUACAAUGAUAUUGCCGUUAAAGAAAUCCAAAAUCUUAUUGUGUCUGAUCGUCAUCCAAAUAUUGUUAGAUGGUACGGGGUAGAGCAAGACCGAGAUUUCGUGUAUCUAGCUUUAGAGCGCUGUUCUUGCAGCUUAAACGAUCUUAUUCUUAUGCACUUAAAGUCCCCUACACAUCCAACUUUUGAAAAGAACUUGGAUGGUGAGGUUGCAGCAGAGUGUUCAAUCCGCCUGGAUUCUGUGGACGACCUUAUGCAUGGAUUUGACUUGUGGAACUCAGAUGGCUAUCCUUCGCCUUUAUUAUUAAAACUGAUGAGGGAUAUGAUAUCAGGAGUUUCCCAUCUACAUGAGUUGGGAAUUGUUCAUCGGGACCUGAAGCCUCAAAACGUGUUGAUAAUAAAUGAAAGAUCUCUAUGUGCAAAGCUUUCAGACAUGGGCAUUAGCAAGCACCUUGUUGGAGAUAUGUCAGCCUUGAGUAAUCAUGGUACAGGCUGUGGUAGUUCCGGAUGGCAGGCACCUGAGCUGCUUCUUCAUGGGCGGCAAACACGAGCAGUUGAUUUGUUUAGCCUUGGUUGUGUUUUCUUUUUCUGCAUUACCGGUGGCAGACAUCCCUUCGGGAGCCGCUUGGAACGUGAUAUCAACAUUGCAAAAGAUAAAGUUGAUCUUUCCCGGCUGGAUCAUUUUCCGGAAGCAGUUGAUCUACUCUUGCAAUUGCUAAAUCCUAAUGCUGAAAUGAGGUUAAAGGCGAGCGAGGUGCUUAACCAUCCUUUUUUUUGGAGCGCUGAGAUGCGGCUUUCUUUUCUCCGUGACACGAGUGAUAGGGUGGAACUGGAAGAUAGGGAGGCUCAGUCGGAUCUCUUGAAAUCAUUAGAGAGUAUAGCACAUUUGGCUUUGGGUGCAAAGUGGAAUGAAAAGAUGGAUCCUUCAUUUCUUAAUAAUAUCGGCCAUUAUAGGCGAUACAGGUUUCAUAGUGUUCGCGAUUUGCUACGAGUCAUGCGCAACAAGUUGAGUCAUUACCGGGAGAUUCCUGCAGAAAUUCAGGAACUAAUCGGACCGGUACCUGAAGGAUUCGAUAGGUAUUUCAGGAGUCGGUUCCCAAAACUAUUGAUUGAAGUGUAUAAAGUGAUGAGCACAUACUGCAGUAAGGAAGAUUGCUUUGCCAAGUACUUCAAUGGAACUGGAUUCUAGUUGUGCUGCAUUAAGCUUCAUGUUUGUAUUUUGUACAUAGAAUACGGGUAUUGUAUUUGUACAUAAGUUAAUUAAAGCUUGUUUUGAGGUAUUUUAAUUA